AUGGAGAAGCACAAUUGUCGAAUAUGCGGGCAAAGCUUCUCCGAUGGGAGAUCUCUUGAAGGUCACUUGUGGUCUCAUGUUGUGCUGAGCCCUCCCAUGAAGGAUGAAGACAAGCCGUUGGGCAGACAUGGCCGAAUCAAUCCAAAGAAGUCGCAGCGGUUUGAGAUUGAGUGGCCCGAGAACGUUAUGGAUAAGAACCGUGCCAAGCUAGAGAAGGAUUCCUCUUCAUUGAAUGCUUCAUUUGAGAUGACCAGGGAAGAGCUCAUUCAUGGGGACAACGAUGAUGAUUUAUGGAGCAGGGGAACUUACGAAGCGAAGGAAAUGUCGGGCCAACCUUAUGGUAAGUUGAGUAGAUUUUCAAUGCCGAUGAAGAAGAAGAGGACGGGGAGUGCACCAAAGAUUGCAAAUGCGUCUGUUUUUGGUUUCUCCUCCGAGAACUGCAAGGAGGAAGUGAUUGCUGCUCUGUGUCUGCUGAAGCUCGCAAGAGAAGACGCUAAUUUGAUAUAUGAUUCAACUGAUAAGAUUUCUCUUACAAUUGGAUCUGGAAACAAAGUUCAUUCUUUUCCUUCUGUGGAUGGAUAUCAACAGUCCAAAAAGCUGAAGGUCUCAUCUUUUGCAAGUAACAGUCAUCAUGGUGAUAUCAAUCCUACUGUUCUUAAAAAUGAAAAGAAGCGUCUAUCAAUUCAAUGUGAUUCUGAAUUUGAAAGGCAGAGUUCUUGCAAUAGAAAAAGGUAUCCGUGCAACAUCUGCAGCAAGAGCUUUGAUUCAUAUCAAGCUCUUGGCGGCCACCGCACAAGCCACAAUAAGGGGAGAGGAGAAUCUAAAAGAUUGAUUAAUCGGAAUAGCGAUUCUCAAACAGUUAAAAAAUCACCGAAGAACUUUGGAAAUCACGUGUGCAACAUCUGUGCCAAGAAUUUUUCAUCUGGGCAAGCUUUAGGUGGUCACAAAAGAUCACAUUCUAUUGCAGCAGAUAAGUCCGCUGCUGCUGUUGUUGUUUCUAAUGCCCAUAAUACUGCUCAUCAUCCUCAUCCAGCCCCAACGGAGAUAGAACACAAUUUUUUUUAA